GCCACUUUUUUGCAAAAGGGGCUUUGCAAAGCAGCCUGCGCACACGCGAGCGCCACGAGCCUCCCCGCGGCCGCCGCACGGAGGGCGAGAGGGAGGGGGGCGGGCAGAGCCGCCCGCCGUCCCCGCCGCCCGCCCGGCUCCGCCGUCCGCUCCCGUCGGUCGCCGCUGUCCCUUUCCCCUGCCGUCCGUCGUCCGUCGCCUAGCUCUUCUUCUUUUUUUUUUUUAAUUUUAAAUUGAACAUUGCAAGUUUUUCCUUUUUCUCUUUUUGAUCUUUUUUUUUUUUUUGGUGGUGCUGGUGGGGGGACGGGGACCGGCCGUCACUCGGGCGCCCCCGCCUCGCAGGACGCCCCCCUCGCCUAUGGCCAGCGGCAGCCCCGCCAGGAUGUCCAGCGCCGCCGGGCAGCCGCCCUUCCUGCAGCCCGCGUGCUUCUUCGCCGCGGCAGUGGCCGCCGCCGCCGCCGCCGCCCCUCCGGGGCCGCCCCCGGGGGCGCCGCCGCCGCAGCUCAGCCCGGCGGGCGGGCAGCCCUCCCCGGGCGGCAAGCCCUCGGCGCCGCGGGCGGCCAAGCGGCAGCGCUCGGCCUCGCCGGAGCUGAUGCGCUGCAAGAGGAGGCUCAACUUCAGCGGCUUCGGGUACAGCCUGCCGCAGCAGCAGCCCGCGGCCGUGGCGCGGCGCAACGAGAGGGAGCGCAACCGGGUGAAGCUGGUGAACCUGGGCUUCGCCACGCUGCGGGAGCACGUCCCCAACGGCGCUGCCAACAAGAAGAUGAGCAAGGUGGAGACGCUCCGCUCCGCCGUCGAGUACAUCCGCGCCCUGCAGCAGCUGCUCGACGAGCAUGACGCCGUCAGCGCCGCCUUCCAAGCGGGCGUCCUCUCGCCCACCAUCUCGCCCAGCUACUCCCACGACAUGAACUCCAUGGCGGGCUCCCCCGUCUCCUCCUACUCCUCCGACGAGGGCUCCUACGACCCGCUCAGCCCCGAGGAGCAGGAGCUUCUGGACUUCACAAGCUGGUUCUGAGCGCCGGCCGCCCUCCCGGCAGGACAGUUGCAAAAGG